GAAAUUAUAGUGGCUGAGAUUGCUCCUCGCGCUUAAACACUUUGGGUGAGUGUGUGUGUUGCAAUUUCUGCUUCUGUUUUUGGUUUCGUUUCAGCGAGACCUCUCUUCUCACCUCUGAUUCCACUUCGCAACCUUUGAAUUUUUGUUUUUUGUUUUGUUUUUCGGUUUCCGAUCUAAACUCGAUUCGAUUCGCCAUUGCCGGAAAUGAGUCCUCCGGCGAGUGUCCGGUGAUGAUCGCUCUCCCGAGAGGUUCUACUUCUUCUUCCACGUCAUGGUUUUGUUUCGAGGUUCUGUCAGAACUCACAGCGCGACGCUGUUGAGUUGAAUUUCGCUGGUUUUGAGUUGCUUUGUGAUUAUUUUUUCUCGGCAACCAAACAGGAGGAUUCAAAAUUUGCAGUGAUUAGUAAAGUAUUGCCGCUGUCGAGUUCAUUUUGGUGAGGAUUCUGAUUAAGGAAAUUUUCUUUUAUUCAUUCGGAGGAGAAGCGUCUCUCUCUCCCCCUCUAUCUGUUGCGGUUGAUUCUUGAAAUUUGUUGAACUUUAUUUCUUCUUUCUUCUUCGUCUUUUGUGUAAUAUUUUUCGUGUGACAUGUGAAUUGGAAUGCUUAUUCCAGCUUAUACAAAACAGAAACGGAUCUCUUCCUAUUGUUCUCGCUUUGUUUCUUUUGCAGUAGCAUCAUCACAAUACCUUGUUCAGAUUCUGCUCACUUUCACCACGACGGCUUUACUAUUUACUGUGUUACGUGUCACCAAAAAUGAAAGGAGGUAUUCCCUGUAUCCACUACUUGUCAGGGAAGAUCUGAAGCAGCGCUAGCUGCUCACGUCCUGUAAUGGACGCAUACUCCUCUGGCGAAGAAGUGGUUGUUAAGACGAGAAAGCCAUAUACAAUCACAAAGCAAAGAGAACGAUGGACAGAGGAGGAGCAUAAUAGGUUUCUAGAAGCUUUGAAACUGUACGGACGAGCAUGGCAGCGCAUAGAAGAGCAUAUAGGAACAAAGACUGCCGUUCAAAUCAGGAGCCAUGCACAGAAGUUCUUCACAAAGUUGGAGAAAGAGGCCCUUGUAAAGGGUGUUCCAAUUGGACAAGCUCUUGAUAUACACAUUCCCCCUCCACGGCCCAAAAGAAAACCAAGCAAUCCUUAUCCUCGGAAGACCAAGAUUGGUACCGCAACAUUACAUAGUGGAGCAAAGGAUGGAAAACUCAAUUUAGUUGAAUCUUCACAUGUCAACCAAGAACUGGACUUGGAAAAAGAACCAUUUCCGGAGAAACAUGAUUCAGACGAAGGGCCAACAACUGUAAAAGAAAAUAAGGAUGAAAACCGCUCAAAUGCAUUUACUCUUCUCCAGGAGGUACCCUGUUCCUCUGUAUCUUCAGCAAACAAGAGUUCAAUAACAAUGUCAAUGCCACUGGGAAAUUCAUGCGCCUUAAAGGAGAUUACACCUUCAGUUACAGAGGUAAUAGCACGAGAUGGAAAAACUGAAUCUUUUGUCACUAUUGAACUUGAAAAUGGGAAGUUGGAGAUCAAUGAUGGAAAACAAACUAAUGUCACUAGUAAAGGCCCCACGUUAGAGAAUUCUGAUGCUGUACGAAUGAAAUUGAUUCAAAGUGAGAAAACAGAUGGUCUUGAUUGUGCAUUAACGAUAGAGGGAAUGCAAGGCAAUCAGAAUUACCCUAGACAUGUUACUGUGCACGUUGUUGACGGGAACCUUGGAACAAGUGCUCAAAGUCAAAAUCCAUCAAAAGAUAUGUUGUUUCGAGACUCCAUGUUUCAGCCAAUAGGAGGGGUUAAUGGCCAACCGAAUCUUUUCACCAAUUCAGGUGCAUCGAACACAAGUGAAAGUCAAAAUAACACAGCACGAUCUUCUGUUCAUCAAUCAUUUCUUCCUUGUGCUCCCUUCACACAACACAGCCAAGACGAUUACCAAUCAUUUCUUCACAUGUCUUCCACAUUUUCAAAUCUUAUUGUCUCUACUCUGAUGCAAAACCCAGCAGCUCAUGCUGCAGCAAGUUUAGCCGCUACAUUUUGGCCCUAUGCAAAUCCAGAAACUCCAGCAGAUUCUCCUAGCUGCUCCCAAGGAGGUUUUACUUCUAGACAAAUUGGCUCUCCUCCAAGCGUAGCAGCUAUUGCAGCUGCUACUGUAGCUGCUGCAACUGCCUGGUGGGCAGCUCAUGGAUUGCUUCCCUUGUGCACUCCUCUUCAUACUGCUUUUGCCUGUCCUCCUGCAUCAGUGACUGCAGCUCCAUCAAUGAAUAACGGUGAAGCACCGUCCCUGAAUACAAAACAAGAAAAGGCUACUCUACAAAAUCAUCCUCUGCAAGAUCAGAUGCUGGAUCCAGAAUGCUCAGAAGCUCAACAUUCACCUUCAAAGUCACCAGCUGUCAUUUCAUCAGAUUCUGAGAGUGCAGAUGCCAAGUUAAAUACUUCACCAAAGGCUACUGAUCAUGAGACGAACAAAACAGUUUCCGAGCACCUUGAUUCAAGCAAAACGAAGGGCAAAAAACAGGUUGACCGUUCCUCAUGUGGUUCCAACACAGCCUCUAGCAGCGAUGUGGAAACUGAUGCACUAGAAAAGGAUGAGAAAGGGAAGGAAGAGCCCGAAGCAAAUGAUGCUAACCAUUUAGCUAUUGAUUCUUGUAAUCGUCGUAGAAGCAUUAGCAACCUUACUGAUUCUUGGAAAGAGGUCUCUGAAGAGGGGAGAUUGGCCUUUCAGGCUCUAUUCUCCAGAGAGGUGUUGCCUCAAAGCUUUUCACCUCCUCAUGCUUUGAAGAAUAAGGAUCAUCAAAUGGACAUCAAGGAUAACCAGCAAAACAUAGAUGAAAAGGCUGAAGACCUUGACAGCAAAAAAUGCAGUUAUAAUUACGAAGAAAUGCAGAAAGAUUCGCCAUUUAUAGAAAAUAACGAGGGACUGCUGCUGACCAUAGGGCUUGGACAAGGAAAGCUUAAGACUCGUCGAACAGGCUUUAAACCCUACAAAAGAUGUUCUAUGGAGGCCAAGGAAAAUAGGGUUGGAGCGGCCAGCAAUCAAGGUGAAGAGAAAGGUUGUAAGAGAAUACGUUUGGAAGGGGGGGAGACUUCGACUUGAGGUUUGAUAUAUGCAUGCAAUAACAUAAAGGCAACUUUUGGUUUUUGCAUAUCAUUUCUUAAUCCCCCUCAACGGUGUACCUAUAUUGUUUAUUUCUAAUUCUGCAGCUCACGAAACUUGUCGUGUAGAUGUGUGUACCAUAUUAAAUUACUGUGUACGCUGUUUUACUAUCUUGGACUGAUAAUGCUGUUAAGAACUCCGCUAAAUAGACAUAGAUAAGAAACAUUAAGUAUUGUUUGAACCCUGAACAUUAAGUAAUUUAUGAUCCAUUAUUCAGCCUCUU